UCACCGAGCCAGAUGAUGUGUCCUGAUGGAUGGGUGGUGUUCCUGGGACAAUGCUACUACUUUGUGGAUUACAGCAUGACCUGGCCUCAGGCUCAGUCAAACUGUGCCGUGCUUGAGUCCAUGUUGGUCUCCGUCCACAGCGCUCAGGAGUACGGUUUCCUCCAACGACUCACCAAAUAUAAUGGAAAUCAAAACGUUUGGCUGGGUGGUUUCUACCUACAGGACCAGUGGUUAUGGAUUGAUGGUUCCUGGUUCUACAGCAACACCUGGAGCAGCCAAUCCCAGGACAGCAGCAACCCCUGCCUAAUGCUCAAUACUUAUGAGGCAUGGAGCAAUUCCCCAUGCAACGCUGUUGGCUAUUCCUCCAUCUGUGUGAAGAACUCCAAUGUUUCACAAGCCAUGUUGUGUCCUGAAGGCUGGGUGGGGUUCAAAGGCCGCUGUUACUACAACAACUUGGAGACUCUGAGCUGGCCUGAAGCUGAUGCUCACUGUGCUGGUCUCGAGGCCAGUCUGGUCUCCGUCCACAGCCUUGAGGAGUAUUCAUUCCUCUACCAGAACAACGCUGGGAAUGAAUUAUCUCCAACCUGGCUGGGGGGAUUCUACUUUGAGGACCAGUGGAUGUGGCUCGAUGGUUCUUCGUUUUAUGAGGGAUUUUUUACUCAGAUGUCUCCGGACAGUACCUACCCAUGCCUUGCAACAUUAAACACCGAUGGUUGGACCAAUUGGGGCUGUGAUCAAAGCUUACCUUCCUUUUGUGUGAAGAAUGCGGUUGAAUCUGGGAAUCCCACAGGACAGACCGAGUAACAAAAUAUUGAUGUAUUCUUACCAAAAUGGAAAAGUAUCUGUG